CGGAUGCUGCAUCGACACUGCCAGACGUAGGAAUCUUUUGGGCUAUCGGUCGCAUAAGUAUCUGUAAGAAAUUAGUGACUGAGAUACGAUCUGUUGGGAGUGAUGUGAACCAAUUUAAUAAUUUCAGUAAUUUAACUGAUAUAAGGUGCAACGUUAAGCACGUACGACCUGUCGUUCAAGAGUUGGCAGCAGAUAUCAGGAGCAGAAGCGCCUCGAAACCUGGGGAGAGCAUCGCGCGAUCAAUUUUACUUUGCGACCCCUCUCGAAAAAGUAAAAAUUUAUUCUAGUGAUAAACUAACAGUGAACCACCCCGUAAUAAUCUACCCACACACUUCAGAAUGUACGGAUUCGUUAACUAUGCCAUCGAGCAAUUGGUGGUACGAAACUUCGGAGAGGAAACGUGGGAAAAGAUAAAGCGCGAGGCAGACGUCCACAUGGACGGUUCCUUUCUUGUGCGCCUUAUCUACGAAGAUGAGAUCACUUACAACAUCGUCGGAGCUGCUGAGAAGGUCCUUGGUGUCCAGGCAAAUACAAUCCUAGAAAUGUUUGGGAAGAUGUUUUUCAAGUUUUGCCAAGAAUCUGGGUAUGAUACUAUCUUACAGGUUCUUGGAGCAACGGUGAGCGACUUUUUGCAGAACUUAGACGCUCUUCAUGAUCAUCUGGCUCUGAUCUACCCGGGCAUGAAGGCUCCCUCCUUCAGAUGCACAGAAAGGGCUGACGAUGGCGCCCUUAUCCUCCAUUAUUACUCCGAUCGACCGGGUCUUGAGUAUAUCGUAAUAGGCAUAGUUAAGGCCGUGGCAUCACAACUUCAUGGGACUGACGUUGAGGUAGAAAUACUGAAGACAAAAGAUGAAGAAGACCAUGUCCAAUUUGUUAUAACGGAAAAAGACGCCCAUGCUACAGACCACAUCACAGAGCAAACAAAUGUUACCAUAAUGGCUACAGAGCCCAAGAUAAGUCCCAGAACAUUCUGUCAGGUCUGUCCAUUUCACCUGAUGUUUGAUCGAGAGCUGCACUUCCACCAGGCUGGUGAUUCCAUCUCACGGGUUUUGCCUGCAGUGAAUACGCCGGGAGCAUCGCUUGACGCACUUUUCGAUGUUGUCCGACCUCACAUGGAGCUAAGUUUCGACAACAUUCUGUCUCACAUCAACACGAUCUACGUCCUUCGCACCAAAGAGGGACUCAUCACCACCAGAGGGGACAACCGCGAAUUGGCUCCCGACCAAGGAUGUCUCAGACUUAAGCCAUUAGAGGCAAAAUUAUGGGCAGAGAUUCUAACGGAUAAGCUCCAACACACUUACAGGGAGCUGGAAAGUGAACGACAGAAAACCGAUAAAUUACUAUAUUCGGUCUUACCCAUCAGCAUCGCCAACGAACUUCGUCAUAAAAGAGCUGUUCCUCCCAGGAGAUAUGAGGUGGUAACGUUGCUCUUUUCAGGAAUUGUAGGAUUUUCAGCAUACUGUGCUCGUCAUACUGAUAUGGAAGGAGCGUCCAAGAUAGUAAAAAUGCUUAAUGAUCUAUAUACAGCUUUCGACGUCCUGACAGAUGAAGUAAAGAACCCAUAUGUUUACAAGGUCGAGACUGUAGGGGAUAAGUAUAUGGCGGUGAGCGGAUUGCCAGACCACUGCGAGUACCAUGCUCGCUGUAUUGCUAUAGCUCUCGACAUGAUGGACAAGGCCGAGGGAGUCAUCGUCGAUGGAGAACGAGUGCGUAUAACGAUUGGCAUCCACUCGGGAGAAGUAGUGACGGGGGUCAUAGGUCAGCGGAUGCCACGGUAUUGUCUCUUUGGUAACACCGUUAACAUAACUUCAAGAACGGAAACUACGGGAGAAAUCGGCCGCAUCAAUGUCUCUGAGGAUGCUUACAGAUUUUUGCAGCUGCCUGUCAACUAUGAUGCGAAAUUCUUCUUCACUUUUCGAGGACCCGUAGCUAUGAAGGGACGCAAUGAACCAAUGAAGGUUUGGUUCCUCAACAGGAAUAUGGAAGCGGUUGAGGAUUCUAACGUUUACUAAAAUACAUCAAUAUUUUCGAUAAAAACGCAGGAAAAGUACAUGCAUCCAAGGUCAUAUGUAGCAAGUUUGACGACUGACAAAAAGAGACAAGUAAUAUCGCAUUACGAUGCUCAGUAGGUUUCCGAGUACUUCAGGAACUAAAUGUCUGAUCUAUCCUUAAUACCUCAGAGAACUGAUGUAAGGAAACCUUAUCGGGGACAAUGUAAUACAUUUGCGCUGUUUACCUCUAUACGACAGCAGAAUGUCGAAUGUAAAAAGCACAAUCACUAGACAUUUUCAUAAACAGCAUCAGCAUAGACCUAUCCUGGAUAUUACAAUAACUGCAGAAGGAAAAGCGUCAGCAUAGCAGGCCUCAUAUAUAUGAACAGAAAGCGAAAGGAUUUCUACAUUAAUAAAGACAAGAGAAACAACCCACUGUGCAGUAUAUAACGAUCAGUCUCCCUCAUCCUCGUCACAUCCUGACAGCUGAUGACAAGACAAUCUACUAGAUGUGUUUAUUGCUAAAAGAGACUCUCAUUCUGUUAAGUGUGUUCAGACAUUUAUAAAUGCAGUGUAAACAAAUCUACAUGACAUGAUACAUGAAGAUUCCCCAAACCUAAAUGUGGAACGUUUGUGUUCAAGCCUCAGAGGUUAUAACAAAGGGUGCCAGAUGGCUCCUGUUUUUGUUCGUGCUAUGUCGUGAUGCUCUAGUUGUGAGAAAUGUAGGCUGUGCUUUAGUUGUCAUGAAAGUUCCCAAGGAAGUGUUCUUACUUCUCAUCAUCUGUGUUAUGAGCCUGGGAAUGUAAUAAUAAUAAUACAAAAAAAAAAAAAACCUUCGUAACGUCUUUGAAGAACCGCUCUCACUUUCUAUUGGGUGGCCGGUAAUGAAGUGAUGGGGGAAAAAAGUAUCAGAAAAAAUGUCACAAUUCUGGCUAGGAAAAAUAAGUCACAAGAAAAAUUCACCUUAAUUUAUGGCGGCAAUUAAAGUCAUAAAACAUUUUGGAUCUCUCCUAGAUAGUGACCCCCAAGGGUUGUCGGGGUCGUUAUCCAGCACUAGUAUUUCUCGAAGGUCAUUAUCUUAAGGAUAUUUACACUUUUUUUUCAUGUUUUACGACAAUCCCUAACGGCCUUGGACUAAACGAGCUACUAAGGUGGAUACAUACCAGGUGAAAACCCUCGGGGGCCACUAUCUAGAAAAGACUCCUGUGACUUGUUUCCUUGCCUUUUUUUCCGAGACUUUUUCCUUUACUUGGAUUCUCAUAUUGUGACCAAAGACAAUAAACAAUGUAAAAAUAGC